AUGAAAAGUCAAGUAAUAAGAAGAGCCAACCAACAUUGCAGCCCACCAAAGGAGAGAAAAAAAAUGUCAUCGGAGAAACCAAAAGUGUCGCCGGAAUUUGAAACUUCCGGCAUGAAUUUGCAGGAAACAGAGCUGACUUUAGGCUUACCGGGUGAGUCUAGAACACAAAAGUCCGGGACAAAACGUGGGUUUUCGGAGACGGUUGAUUUGUGUCCAGGCAGCACUAGUGCCGGAAAAGAAGAGCAGUCGGAAAAUGAAAUCUCUGGCACAACAAAACCUCCAACAGCAAAGUAA